CUGGCAACGGGUAUAAAUCCAGUUGGAGCUCGAGAUCAAGCAUUUGGUAUUCUUCGGGGAUGUUUAUCUGGGCGAGCAUUAGAAUGGUUUGAUCGAAAAAUUCUUGGUAAGCGUUGGGAACUUCAUAAUAUUUUUGCAAAUCAUGGCCAGGCUG